AUGUUACCAAACCUGAGAUGCUUAAGGGUGUUAUCUUUGUCUAAUUAUCAGAUUUUUGAAUUGCCUCAAUCCAUUGAAAAAUUGAUACACUUACGCCAUUUGGAUCUCUCUAGGACAAGAAUCAAACGCUUGCCUGAUUCGGUUACAACCUUGUAUAAUUUGCAGACAUUAGAUUUGGCAAGUUGUGAAGGUCUCAUUGAGUUACCCGUGAAUAUCGGGAAACUAAUGAACUUGCGCCAUCUUGAUGUUAGAAGAACUGCACUAACUGAAAUGCCAAUGCAAAUCAGCAAACUGAAAAAUCUCCAGCAAUUAACAAAUUUUGUAGUUGGCAAAAAUAGCGGGUCAAGGAUUAAUGCGUUGAAGGAACUUUGUCAACUUCGGGGGAAUCUUUGCAUUUCAGGGCUUCAAAAUGUAACCGGUGUUCCGGAUGCGUCAGAGGCCAAUUUGAAGGAUAAGAAGCACAUUGAAGGGUUAGUGCUAAUAUGGGGCGGUGAUACUAAUGAUUCAGAAGAGGAAAGAAAUGUACUUGAUAAGUUACAGCCGCAUGCAGGGUUGAAGCUUCUCAUCAUCGCUGGCUAUGGAGGCACAAGAUUUCUGGAUUGGUUAGGGGGAUCUGAUUCGUUUCCUCACUUGGUGUCCUUAAGUCUUAUAAGUUGUUUAAAUUGCUAUUCCUUGUCGUCGAUUGGGCAGCUACCCCGUCUAAAGUAUCUAACAAUUAAAGGGAUGGAAGCAAUAACAGAGGUGGGUCAGGAGUUCUAUGGUGAUACUUCUCUAAUCAAACCAUUUCAAUCUCUGGAGACACUAAGGUUUGAAGAAAUGCCAGAGUGGAAAAAAUGGCAUGCAUUAAGGGGUGGAGAGUUCUCUUGCCUUUUAGAGAUUUCUUUGGUGGACUGUCCCGAGCUGACUGAUGAAUUACCCAACCACGUCCCUUCUCUAAGGAAAAUUGAAAUUUCUGGUUGCCAACAGCUUGGGUCAAAUCAGGUGAAGCAGCUGCUGCAACACCUUCCUCCUCUUGAAGUAUUGAUGAUUUUGGGUAUGUUAAACUUGACAGAAUUGCCGAUGGAACUACAAGGCCUGCGUUCUCUUCAGGAAUUGACAAUUUCAAAAUUGCCAAACUUGAAGGAAUUGCCACGGGAAUUAUGCAGAUUAAUAAAACUUGAAAGUUUGGAGAUUGAGGAAUGUCAGAGCCUUGUGUCAUUUCCGAAUAUGGGAUUGCUGCCGAUGCUUAAGAAACUGAGGAUUGACGACUGUAGUGGUCUACAGUCCCUACCACUACCACUACCAGAGGGGAUGAGCGUGAUGCCAUUUGGUGGUCUACUUCCUCUUAGAUUGAAAACACACAACAUCUGGAAUUGUAGGAGUUUAUCAAAGCUUCCCCUGUCAGAGGAGACUGAGCAUUACCACACAUCCAUUGAAGAUUUGAGCAUACGCCACUGUUAUCUUCCCAAAUCUCUGUCGUUAGGUUUUUUUCCAAAGCUUCGCUCUCUGGAGAUAACAGGGUGUGUAAAUUUUGAAACACUUUCAAUUCCAGAUGACGAGCUUCAAAAUCUGAUGGGCAUUGAGAUAAUGUUUUGCCCUGAAAUGGUAUCCUUUCCCCAUGGAGAUGGAGGAUUAUUGCGGGCUCCCAAUCUGACAAAAUUGAUCAUAAUUGCUUGCAAUAAUUUAAAGUCGCUGCCGCAACAAAUGCACACCCUCCUCCCAUCUCUUCAAUAUUUGAAUAUAGGAGAAUGUCCAGAAAUUGAAUCAUUUCCAGACGGAGGUUUGCCAUCCAACUUAAGUUUUUUUAACGUCUUUAAGUGUGAGAAACUGGUGAAGGCCCGGAUGGGGUGGGGUUUGCAAACACUCCAUCUUGAUUAUUCUGCAUCAGCGGUAUAUAUGAUGAAGAAGUGUUGGAGUCAUUUCCAGAGGAGUGGCUAUUGCCUACCACUAUUUCCCAUCUUAAUAUUGCAGAUCUUCCAAAUCUGAAAUCACUGAACCACAAGGGCAUUCAACACCUCACCUCUCUUAAAAAUCUGGGCAUCCAGAGAUGCCCUAAGCUCCAGUCCUUGCCAGAAAUGGUACUGCCCAACUCCCUCUCUUCCCUGAGACUAAAAGAUUGCCCAUUGCUGAAACCACACUGCCAAAGGAAGAAAGGGGAAGAUUGGCCCAACAUCUCCCGAAUCCCACGCAUAGAGCUCGAUGAUGAAGCCAUCAUAAACUUGGAGUGAGGGAAAAACAAGUGUAGAUUCAUUAUGUAUAUAUACUGGACCAGAGAUUUAAUUGGAAGGGCAGAAACAGAAAGCCAAAAGGCUACUGGUUCAGAGAAAACAAAAGGUGUACUGUAUGGAACCAGCUCAAAGUGCCUUUCUUAAUGGAGGAAUGCCUGGUGAGUGUUGAAGCAGGUGAAAAAUCUUUUUAGGAGUGCAAUUUCAAGGAUGUAGUGAAAGACAGAUAGCAUGUGGAUUGACUGAGGAUAUGGCCUUAAAUAGUAGCUCACCCCAAGUAAUGGGGGAUGGCUUGGUGGUGGCUGUUGCGACACAAAGUGUAUCCUUUUUUCUUUUUUUCCAUAUGAUGGUAUGCGUAUUCCUCUGACUGCCACACAAAGCUAAAGAACUUGCUAAAUUCGAUGAUUUCAAUCCAGAAGAUGGGAUGAUUCUUGUGAAUGGUACAUCUGUAGGAAUGAAACUAAAAUUUGAUGUGACACCUGUAUCUAAGGAAGCUUUGAGUCAUUUUACUCAGUGUUUGAUGCCAUCUAUACACCAAAAUGAACCAGACUCUUGCAAGAAGCACUAGAAUCAGGAGCCAACGUUGAUGUUGGGACAAAGAUGUUCAAUAAUCAAGCAUUUGUACAUUUUGAAAGGUUCACUGGCUUGCCCGCACCAAUAGCACUAAUUAAGAGAACUCUGACAAGAAGCACAUAAGAAGGAACUGCUUGGUUGAAGUCUCUUUGCAGCUGGUUGGAUUUGUAUCGAUUACAGCUAAUUCAUUUCAAUUUAUGAGUUUCGUUAUUUAGAUGUUUUUCUGUUGUACACUGAAUUUUGACAUCAUUGAUGGAUGAACCUAAAGACAAAUCCUUUAUUUCGACAUCCUAGAGUAUGGCCACGGGAAAGCCACGAAUACAGUUGUUUUAUGCAUUUCUGCAUUUUCUGGGAUAACAUUUUUGAGUAAAGAUUCUAUUUCAGGUGGCAGAUUCAUCUUUUAUUCUUUAAGAAAAAUGGUUUGGCAAAUACCUCCUUUUGUACUCCUCUUGUUAUGCUAUCAGACUCUCUCUCUUAUACUCACUUUUGGUCUAAUU